AUGCGGCAAGUGGUGGCGGUGCUGAUCGCCGUCGCAGUCUUGGGUCCGACGGCCCAAGCAGUCGGUGUGCCUAACUGUCCCGAUCUUGAAGUCCUCGAAAGUGACUCCGAGGUCUCCGCGGAAACACUUCGCAAUUUGUUGCUUUGCUUUUGCAAGGUAUUUUGUUAUGAUCUAUAACUCAAAAAAAGAAGACUCAAAAACUUGAAAAAUAUGAGGAUUUUUAACUUGGCAAUUAAUGUCUAAUGUUCCACGUGAUUUCGAAAUUUGAGAAAAAAAACCACUUCGGCUAUUGUAGUUUUUCGGAAAAUUUCAUUAAAUAUCAGCUUUUUUUAGAGAUUUUUCUGUUUUUUUAAGUUUGCAAAAUUGGAAAAACAAAAAAAGAGUUACCUGGCCUAAAAAGUUCUGUAUAAAGCUCAGGGGCGGCAGGUCAUUUUUUUAAAAAAAUGAUUCAUAAAAAGGUUUUUCAAACUGCUCGAUAGAGGAGAAUUCAUAAUUAGUAUAGUUUUUCGAAGAAAAAAAAUCCACUAAGAAAAAAAGUUAUGGCCAAAAAAGUAGCGCGCGCGGCGAAGGGAAGCUAACUUUUUUUGAUUUUUCAAAAAACAGAGAUGCUACAGCUAGAUAACAUAUCAAAAAAUCAAACGUGAUCCGUGGAUAAUUUUUAAAAGUUGUCGUUUUUUUGUGGUUUUGGCCUCGAAAUCCGCCCCAAAAACUCUAUAAUAAGAGCUUUAAAAAUUUUUUUAGAUUUUUUAAACUUUUUUUAUUAGUGUAGCAGUUUCUAAAAAGAUGCUCCAGCUCCAGUUAAAGAGAAAAAAGAAACAUUCAUUUUGAGUGUUGUAUCACUAGCAUCUUGAAAAAUUUAGUCACUCGACAAGGGAAAAGUGGCCAUUUCUUGCUACUUCGGCUCGAAUCUCGACCAUCUGAAGCGCUCGACGGACGCCGUUAAGAACGCCAGCCUCACAACUUCUCACGUCAGUUGUAGACGAUAACUAUUAUUUUAAUUAUGAACGAUUCCAGAUCAGCAUCCAACACAUGGAAUUCGGUUCCGAAGGACUGCCCAAGUUCGGCAUUCUGGCGCCGUCCCUCGAGUCUCUGGACAUCCGCGAAUGUCCAGGCCGAGAACCCCUUAAAAUCCCGAACGACGCCUUCGUCGGAGUCGAGCAAACUCUCCGCAAUUUGACGAUUCACGCGUGCAAUUUACCGGUAAGUCAAAUGGCUACUAGAUGCGAAAAACAAGUAGUCAUUUUAGACGAUUCCGGAGCCGCUGAAUACCUUGGAAAACCUCGACACGCUCGCCUUGCCCAACAACAAACUCGAAACGCUCUACGUCGAAAGUUUCAAGAACAAGAAGCAGGUACGAAAGCGUAUAGAUCUCAAAAUAAGCAUCAUUCAGUCGAAAAUCCCACUAAAUCCUCUACCUGUCAGGUGUACCAUAGUAAUUAGAGGAAAAAAAUGGCGCGAUACCUAAGUGGUCGAGCUUUAGAAGAAAAAUAAGGACAAGUGUGAUGGUUUAAAAAUAGUUUAAGAUUUACAAGGGGAAAAUAGAGUUGAAAAUCUGAAAUAUGGUGUUAUAGAAUUCGAACGUUCUGUGGGUCCCAAAAUUUUAGAAAUGCGUAUCGAAAGAAAAUCAAUUUUUUUUUUCUGGCUUAAAAAUUUUGUUGAAAACUAUUUUUCUGAAAAAGAAAAAUUAAAAGAGGCAUCUUUAAAUAGUUCCAGAUAUCAAAUCGAAUGAGUGUUCAAAAAUUCCAAAAAGCUCUCAAGAGCAGACAACUUUCAUCCGUUACCCAUACACAGCUCUCGAAAUUGGCUCGGCUUAAACGUAGAAAGCAGCGGCGAAAAUCCGUUUUUCUCACUUUUGCUAUUAUUCCAACGUUUUGCGUGGCGGAAAUCUUUCGAUGCGAAUCUCAACAAGUCCCACCAAAGGACGGACGUUAUCUUGUAAAAGCGGGUCAAAAGGAUUUCCACGGGCCUGAAACGCGCGUCGCCAAUAAAAUUCUUUACAAAAAGGGGCCGUUUUUUAUAGAAUGUCGAGUUGAUUAAUGAACGUCUGUGGUUGCUUGACAGUUGCAACAUUUUCCGAAAAGAGAAAUAUUCCAGUGAAGGCUUCUUUCAAUAAAAUUGAAAAGAGCCUCUUUUUUCGUUCUCAACUUUGUUCUCCCUUUUUCGCAGCAUCUAAAGGAUCAAAGAAGAUAAAAAUCUGUUCAAGAAUAACUUAUGCUUUUGAUCUCAAAAUUUUCUGCAACUGACACUAACUUCAAUUUAAAAAAAAACAUAAAAAAGAUAGUUCUCCUUGCGGGUCGUUUGCCGAUAGAAAGGUUAACUUUCAUUUCACUUUCUUACUCAUCAACCUUGUAAAUAGUUAUAACCCGUUAGAGGUCAAAAAGGAAAGCGCAAAAGAAGAAACACUCGACAAAUUCCACAAUUGGCCGGUUUAGUUUUUGCUUCCUCGAUAAAAAAAGACGCAACCGGUUCCUUUUACUACGCUUGUUGUUCUUCAACGUCAAUCACUCCUUUCAAGACUUGAAAUGCUCUGGAAAACCCAAAAAUGUCAAACUCCCUUGUCACUUUUUGCUAAGGAAAGAAAAGUUUCGAAAAUUCUUCCCUUUGGUACAUUUGGCAAUAAUUUUCAUUCAAACCUUAUUCAUGCAAUUGUGUGAAAAAAAAAAAUCAGAACCAGACUAUUCUCUUUUGCAAUGCUUUUAAGCGAAUCAAAAGCCGAGGUAUUGAAAAACCCCCUUACCAGAAUUUUCCAAAGGCAGGUUGUUUUAUUAAUUUGAUUCAGCUGUCGUACCUCGACCUGUCGGGCAACUUCAUCAACGGCGCCGAGUCCGAAGCAUUCACACCUCUGACCUCGUUGGAGUCUUUGGUCAUUGGCGAGCACAACUUCAUGAACGAGAGCGUUCUGGAGGAAAUCGGACGGCUAAAGGCACUCAAAUUCCUUGACUUGACCCGAGCCGAUGGCAUUUUUGAACCGCCCAUGAGCCUUUUCGACGACAUUCCGCAGCUGGAGUCGCUCAAGCUCAGCGGAUGCAGCAUUGCGUCGCUUGAGCCUGGACAAUUCGCUGUUUUGAAGAAACUCCAAGAAGUGCAGAGAAAAAAAAAUCGAAAAUCAUCUAAAAUCCGUAUUUCAGCUUGAUCUCCGUGUGAAUCUGAUUGAAAACAUCACAGCCUACGCUUUCGACGGCCUGGAAAACCUUCACCGUCUCUCACUUGCCGGAAACUACAUCGCGUAAAAAUUAUUUGCAACAAUAGACAAGACUCGAGUAUUUCAGAAAACUUGAGCCUGAAGUCUUUUUUGGCUUGAGCAAAAUCAACGAGAUUGACUUGGGCUGGAAUGAGAUCAAAAAUGUUCCUGAAACGGCGUUUAAACCAGUUGUCGAAACGCUCAAAAUCCUGAAGAUGAGGCACAAUCCAAUUAGCAGCGUAUGCGGGAAUAAAACCAAGUAUUUCAUGAAAAUUUGUAAUUUAGUUGCCUUCAACGGGUCUGACUAAACUUGAGCAGCUGACACUGAUGGAAUGUGACUUCACUGAAAUCGAUGGUAACCUUCUCAAAGACUUUCCCAAUUUACAAGUAGGGGAAAUCUGUUAAUAUUUCAAUACAUUCUUCCAUAGGAACUUGACAUUGGUCUCUGCAAAAUCUCAAAGAUAUCCGAGGACGCUUUCGAAGUGCAAAAAGAUACGCUGAAAAAGUUGGACUUGCGAAGAAACCAGCUGAAAACGAUCCCGAAAGACGUAAAUCAUAUUACACUCUGACCAAAGGAGAGAACAAAAAAACAUUUGCAGUUGCUGAAAAAUCUUGCGAAACUCGAAUCGCUUGAUGUUUCGAAGAACCCAUACCUCUGCGACGCAGAACUCAGCAACUGUUAGUGAAGAAAGAAAGUUGAGAGAGUUUUGAAGUUCUUUUUUAGUCAUUUUUGCCGUGGAAGACCGGCACCAUGCCGUGGAGCAGGGCACCAGCAACUUCACGGUUCUCAGCUCGAAUGAGACUGUCUGCGAUCGACCGUACUCCAUGCGCGAUCAGCCGCUUCUGGCUCUCGACACGAACGACUUGCAGCCGUACGACGAAUCCAUCGACACCACCACCGUGGCUCCGAAGACAGAGUCGAAAGCCGAGGCCGAGGCGGAGGUUGAAUCCGCCACGCCGCUCAAAAUCGUCAGUUUUUUCAUGAUAUUUUUUUUUAAAAACCACUUUUUGGCGCCUGUGAAAGAAAAUUACUGACCAAGAAAAUUUUAAAGUUUCGAAGAAAUUAAUAAUUCAGAGAGACAAAUUCUAAUGGCUCAUCAAUCGCUCCUUUAUUAUAAUGGCAAUCUUCUACUUUUUCAAAAAAAAACCCCCUUUAAAAACACUUAAAAUUUAGCCUGACCUUUUCAUCGGUUCGGAGACCAACGAGACGCUUUUCAAGGAAGAGCCUCGAAGGAAUGUCUACGACCUUUCCAAAACCGACGACACCAAGAGCGUGUACAACGAAAAAAGUUGGUUUUCUCUACUUUUUCGAUUCUUUUCUUGCCGCGUUCUUCAAAUGAGAAGAUUAUCUUCUCUCCUGAGUCCUCCUCCUUGGGUGCCUGAGACGCAUGUGUUCGAUUCCCAACAUAUGUCAUUCACGUCACUUUUGGGCGUCUUCGCCCAUUUUUUUUUCAUGCAGAAAACACGCGGUCCACUACUCACAAAAUCGUGAUAAAGUUCCAGUAAGAAAAUUGUACGACUAAUUAAAUUUAUUUCAAAAACUACAAAUGACUCAGUUUUCUGAUGAUCUUACCAAAAAGGCAAACAAACAUGUCAACACAGCUGUGUCCCCUUGUAUACACAUGAAACGUUGUCGGGAAGCCUUUUUCGCUCCUAAAUAACCUCCGGAAAGCUGAACGGAAGUCCCCCUGCGUCUAAAUUUAGCGGUUCAGCUGUAGAGUAGAACUCACAACAAAAACAUCAACAAAAACCACGCGGAGACUGAGCAUUUGCCUGAGGCAAAGGAGGAGGGAGCCAGUGGCAAAGUGGGAGGAGCCUCGACGCGACCUCCUGGCGUCAAUUCCCAUCGGACUCGAGCCCAUUCUUUUUUGUUCUCCGCACAUCGUCUUUGUCUUUUUGUUUCGUCAAGUUCCCCCCAAAAUGGAUGGCAACAUGAUUAAAGAACCCAACAGUCCUAUGUACCUCACAGGUAAAAGCUUGACAUUUUUAUUUUGUAGAUUAUUGCGUUUUGAUUUCACCGAUUGGCCACUUUUCAGGUUCUUAUGCCCUUCCUAUCACUAUCGGCGUCAUCGCCAUCAUUUCCAUCAUCAUCAUCGUCGCCGUCGUCUUGUUCUUGAAGGUUCGAACAUUUUAUUGUUUAAAUCAAGAAAUUUUAUCGAAAUUUUAGUGUCAUCUUUCCAUCGUUUCGAAAUGUGAUGAAUUUUCUUAUAAUGAUCUUUCAAAGUAUUUCAAUUUUUAGGCGCCUUGAAUAAGUAUAAUAGGUGAUUGACUGUUUAACAAUUUAUUUUUCAUUCAAUUGAAAAUUUCAAUUUUUUCAAACUAUUUUUCCGCAUUUUUUAAUUGUCUCCCUGCAUCUGCGAAAGAUUUUUGAAAAAAAUUUAAAAAAAUUACUUAUUAUUUUUUUAAUCAAAAAAAUAAAAUUUCUUGAAAAAGUAUUAAAAAAAGAGGGAUUUUCGGCCCCUUCAAUUUUCUUUCAAAAGUUUACAAAAUUUGGCGGACACUUUUCUUACCAGAGGCUGUUUACAUGAAGAGGAAAGACUAUUGGCUGAAAAAAGACUAGAAAUUGUUUUGAGAAAUAUACUUUCUGCUAUGUAAAUACAUCAUACGCAGAACUUUUCCUUCGAUGUUGAGUAAGAAAAACAGAAUUCCGAGAAAUAUUUUCCCCAGUUUUCUACCAAUAAUUUGUGUCAGAGAAUAAAAAUUUUGCUAUUCGUAAAUCGGCUUUUGUAGUGAUUAGCCAUUUUUGUUUGAUAACUAAAACUCGUGUUAAACUACACAUUUUGUUUCAAAUUUUUAAAAAUUCUCUGAAGAGUUGAAAAAGUGGGUCUUUAAAGCCCUGGAAGAGUGAUAUAAAAAAACGAGGUCGACAAGGUUUUUUUGUCAAAUAAGUCAGCAAAGUGAAAGUGAGAGUUACUUUUUAACAAAAUUUAGAAACAAUUUUAAAAAAAGGGAAAAAUUUCUAAACUUUUUUUAAAAUUGUGUUUAUCUUGUAAUAAAAAAAGAAUAGUACAAUUUUUUUCAAAAAUCCAAUUAAAGAUGUUAAAAUAACUUAUUAGAUACUUUAUAUUAGUAAAUCUCCCACUUUGUCGUUGAAUAUGGCAUGGCAGUAGAAAAAGCUGUUCGCUCUCUUAAAAGAACAAACACGACGCUUGGAAUUUUUUCUUUGAACGACGUCAAAUCAAAAUAAACAUGCUGAGAUUUUCAGAAGAAUCGCAAAAUCGGAGCCGACGACGUGAAGAAAGAAGAGAGCAAAAGCGCGAAGAUCGAGGACGGAAUGGUGGAAAUCGAGCUCGAUUCUAAUCCCGCCUCACACAACACCUCGGCCGGACCGCGGUAG